AUGUUGCAGUCUGUUCCGCAUCUCGUUGUGCUGUCGAAGGAGUUUUACAAGUCGGCGAUGCUGCCACACUUGGCAGACUGGACUGCGAUUUUCCUCGAAAAGCACGUGAACGGCCAGGUCGGAAGCGCUGAGCUGCGGCGACUCCUACGCAGUCCGUACAAGUUGGAGGACGGGAUCAAGGAGAAGCUCCGGGUUGCAGAUGAUGGGGUCUUGAAGCCUCUGAACUUGGCAGUUCACUGGCUUCACGAGCUUCUUCCGCACGUUCUGAGCAAGGUGCAUCGGGUGUCAUAUGGCCUUCUGUGCGGCGAAGACCUGGAAAGCAGUUGCCUGGGUCUGCUGCGAGUGACUAUCUUCAGAAACCUUGGUGGUCGUGACUCUGGGGUGUGCGUGGAUGUAGGCUGGCUGUGCCUUUCGUGGGAAAAGAUCGCCCAAGCGAGCAGUGUGGGCCUGGACUUGGCCGAUAACAGGUCUGAGUUUUCACAUCCAGAUGUCACCAUCGGCUUUACGAUCCUUGCCUACCGUUUCACUGGCCUCAGAGGGCCGCCCGAGGCCGCGGGCGACUUGCGAGAGCUCUUGAAGGCGCUGCUUGACGAAAUGAAGAUUGAAAGCACAGCCCGUGGCCAAGCAGUGGAAGUCUCUAUGUGCUUCAUGAAAAGUACUGUGCAAAAUGUGAGUCGUCCGAGAGUGGUCGAACUAGAUGGCUCUUAUGCUGCGCUAGGAAGGCCUGAAUUGACUUUUCCUUUGGCUGGCUGGAACCGAGAUGGCGGAAAAACAGGAGGAUUAUUCCUCUGGGGCCUGGGCGAAAUGAGUUGGUGGACCAGUUCCAUUGACCUUGAGGGCACUCGCCGCUAUAACUUGGCAGCCCGCUUUCUCAUGAGCCAGUCGGGCAUCGUUCGGCAGCGCGGCGAGGAGUUCGCCCCGGAGGAGCUGGAGUACCAGAAGGAGGAGAAGGCCCGCGACCCUGAGACAGGCGAGGAAGUGGUUAUUACUCCUGAGGAUUUGCUGGCGGGGCUCAAUAAGCUGCUUGCGGCGCUUGAGACGCUGAAUGGCCAGAGCGUCUUAGACCGCCGUGGGGAAUUGCGAACGCAAUUUUACUUGCACCUCGCCCGCAAACCAGCCGAGAGAGUUGCAGACUUCGCUUCGAGGUUUCGGACGGCCGUGAGUGACUUGAAGAGUGAGGGCGUUCGCCUUCCGGACGCUGAAGUUGGAUGGUUUUUCAAGGAGAAGCUUGGCUUGGCUGCUCUGAGGCGCCAGCUUCUUGAAACAACUCUUCAAGGAGCAGAGGGCUACAGCACGAUUGAGAGCGAAUGUCUUCGCCUUUUCCGGGACCUUCACCUGCAGGACCCGCUGUACCGCAAGCUCGACCCGGGACCCCCAGGCCGACUGACUGUUCGCCAGAUGUUUGGCGUGCCGGCGGGGACCCCUUCGUCUUCUACUUCAACGGCGGCUUCCUCGAUGGCACCCUCCCGGAGAUCUUCUUUACUGUCUUCGGCGCCUUCUUCGUCGUACAAUGCCUCUCGGCGCCCUCCUUUGCGACAGGCGCAGGUGACUGAGCAGAUGGACAUUGAGGGCGAGACCGAGGCGGAGCAUGUCGAGCCGGAGGCCGUGGACAACCCCGAGGGUGACGAGCCGGCUUCCUUGGAGGAGGUGCUGCAGACCCAGGUGCAGAACUUAGCGGAGGAGAUCGCCGAGGCAGAGGAGGAGGGCAUCGACCCUCUUCACCUUGAGUCCCUGGAACAAGGAAUAGAAGCAAGCGCGGAGGCCCUAGUUUCCAUGCGGGAGGCCAGGGUGAAACUGGCUGAGAUGCGAAAGGACAGAGGAUUUCGUGGACCUCCUUCCAGCGGCGGCGGUGCUCCCAAGGGACGUGGCAAAGGAUCGGCAGCAAUUGCUGCCAAGAAGGCCAGUGGAAAACAUGUUUGUUGCGACUGUGGUCUUCCUGGGCACUGGGCUGGAGACGAGGCUUGCACGAAACCCGGCCAAGGGGGGGGGACCGUCCCGGAGCACGAGGUGACCCAGGCCGAGGCGACCGAGGCCCAGGAAUUGCUCAUGAUUUCGGCCGAGUGCUCCUCUCCUGCCGUGAAGCAUGCUCUGGACUUGUCGGCGGCUCGCGCUACGGAGGUGCAUGCAACAAGCGCCGGGGAGCCCUGGAUCAAGAACUACGUCGAGCUCCUUCGUGCGGCUCCCGCUGAGGUGCAGGCCCUGGUGACCACAGAGCCGGAGACUGAGCAGUUCAAGUUUGGCAACGGCGGCGGCAUUUUGCCGUCGACUCUUCGAUGGAGACUGCCCAUUAUGAUGGCUGGUGAGCUGGUUUUGCUGUGGAUUUCUGCGGUGCCGGUGGCUACUUUAGGCCUGCUUAUCGGGCGCGAUGUGCUCGACGCGGUGGGCGGCAUCCUAGAUUUCUCGGAGCGCACGCUUUCUUGCCGCGCCUUUGGUGCCAAGACGGCCCGGCUGUUGCAGCUAUCGGCUGGACACCUGGCGCUGCCUUUGAUUCCUGAGUCGUGGCCGCACGUGCCGAAAACAAGGUGGCGCAAGCUUGGGCCCGAUGGGGUUCUGGAGACAGUGAUGAGUUGCAAGCAGUGGGCCCAGCAGUUGUUGAGAGGUGUUUCGCGUGCUGCUCCUGACAGUGAAGAACAUAGCCAUAACAUGACCGAAGCCAGCUUGACCUUGGGGCAGAUCGCUUUUGAGUACAACUCCACGCUGUUGACUACGGCCCAAAGGAUGUGCACUGAAGCUGUGCCUGCGCUUGCCCCUGUUGCCUCCUCCUCUGUGGCGGUUCGACCCAAGGAUGGCGGCGGCAUUGGCCUUCGGCGCCCAACCUUCAAAAGCUCCUGGCUUCGGUGGGCAUGGCUACCCCGACGCCGCCGUCGACGAAAACUUCGCUCAGCAAGCUGCGGCCCGAUGGCGGAGGAUGAUCAUGAGAGUUCAGGCGCGCUGGGCCUGGGCAAAGCAAGGGCUGCACUUGGCUUUGGUAAAGCGGCCCGACUUGCGCUACUUGCCGUUUCCCUGGCCAUCGGUCUCUUCGGUGGCUAUGUGGAAAAGCCAGGUCGAGACAAUGUGCCAGCAUGGUGCUUAUCCUCGUCGCUGGCUGGGCCGUGGCACUUGGACGGGGGGCACCUUGGCGGCGAUGACUUGGUUUCGCGGCCGCUUUGGGCUUCGCUUCGCCUUCCUGGAGGACCCGUUCCUGCAAGGGAUGCUGGCAGUGACUUCGACGCGGGGCCGCGCGACCCGAGUCCGAGCGGCAAUGGUGAAGGAGGACCUCGCGGUGGCCUCCCCACCUUGAAGACGGACCUGCUGCGCCUGGCAUCGCUCCUCCAGGUGACCGUGAGCGAGAGAGACAAGGUGGACGACCUCAAGGCGAAGCUUCGGCCUAUGAUUGGGCUGCUGAGGGGGGACGACAACACUACUUCCAAGCCGGCUCCUGCGCCCACCGCUUCUUCGAGUUGCUCCUUGCGCCCUUCGUUGAGACCCACGCCGCCUACCUUGACAAGCUUGCCUUUGCCAUCGGCGGCCCCCGCUUCCUUGCAGACUUCGGGACCCAUGCGCGGCGAGGACACUGGCGUGAGCAUGAGUGUUUUCACAUCGCACAUGGAGGCCAUGGACAACCUGUUUCAGCAGAUGCUGGCCGAGAGCGCCCAGCAGCAGACCAUGCUCAACCAGGUGCUCCAGCACGUCAUGCAGAUGCAGAGCGCCCCGCGGAUCGCCGACACCGUGAUGGAGGGCGACCAGGACUGGGCGAACGUGGCCUCAGUGGAGGCCGAGGCGAGCACCGACCAGACGACGGAUCCUCGCCUGGAGCAGCUUGGUUGCCUACAGGACCGCCGCCGCGUCUUGGACAACAUGCUGGCCGAGCGGCCCUACUUUGUGGUUCUUACCGUGCCCGACCGCUCCUGGCUACCUCGCGCUCAACUUCGGCAGCACCCGGACGAUCUUCGGCAACAACGUACCGAGGCCUUGCUGCGGCUGUGGCAUACCCUGAACUUGCGCUUCGUGACCGUGGGCGCCUACCGGAUCCUCACCUCGAGCCAGGCUGUUGUCAGCAAUUUGCUUCGGAAAGAAGUGGCGAAAGCUUGCAAGGAGACUCGAGCUGGCCUUAGUCGGGCCUUGGUGGAUGGAUUUGAGAUGGAGUUUGACUUUGAGACGCAGUGUUUGAGCAGCCAAGCUGCGGGGCACGAGUGUUAUCAGAUGACGGCCGUGCCGGGAGCCGUUGACUUCUACCACGAGACCCUGGCCGUUGAUGAGGGCGACCAGGACUUUGCCACCGACGGCGACCCCGAUUCCGAUGAGGACCCCGUCGAGCAGUCCAAGGGCGAGAUCACGCCGGCCAUUCGGGCAGCAGUGAAGCGCGUGCAUGAGGCGACGGGACUUCCCGCUCCUCGUGCUGUUGGUGAGCAAGCUCACGUGGAUCUUUUGGUGGCCGAGGAUGCAGUGGGCCGCACUUAUGUGAUUGCCCAUGCCACGGAUGCGGUGUCUAAGUUCCAGCAGGCGGCCCUCCUUCCGGAUAAGAGCGCCGCCUCUGUCAUCGACUUCUUGAUGACCUCAUGGGUGCCCUUGCUGGGCACGCCUCGGCAGAUGAUUGCGGAUCAGGGGCGCGAAUUUGUAGCAGCUGAGUUUCAAGAUUGGUGCUCGGCGCACAGCGUGCUCUUGUGGCAUGCCGCCGUACAGGCGCCGUGGCAGAAUGGCCUGGCGGAGCGCAGCGGAGGUGUGCUGAAAGCAUUGUUGGCAGCCGUCGUGACCGACAAGGUUGUCAUUGGGAACGGGGCAUGCGCCACGCCAUUGCCGAGUCGGUUUCAGCUUACAACUCCGAUCCGACGGCAGAGGGCAUGGGGGAUGUCUCUGCACUACAGUGCGUUACGGGGCGCCAGCCUUCGGGGCAUGCUGAACAACUUCGCCGGCAACCUUGCCCAGCACGGCCUGAUCGACUCCGAUCCCAACUUGAUGGAGCGGCUAGCGCUUCGCGAGGCAGCUCGCAUUGCCAUGGUGAGGUUGCACUACAGCCAGAGCAUUCGCAAGGCCGAGCUGGCCAGGAGCCGAGAACCUACCUCUGCUCAGCCGCCGUGUCCGGGGGACGUUGUUUACUUUUGGCGGGCCCAGAAGCUUACCAGACGUGGGGCCGUGGGGACCCUCGGGUUUCGACUUCUUCGCGGCACCGGCGUCUUGAACUUCGUCGUUGGCAUGGGCCUGCGGGCAGGUGACGAAGUGUGCUCUGGAACAUGUGCGGCCGGCUUCUUCCUUGGAGCAGAGGCCAUUCGUGAACUGGUGGAGGAUACCUCGAAUGCUCGUGGUGACUCUGCCCUGCCUUCUGUGCCCGAGGGUGAGCUCUUGGACGGGGAAGUUGUUCCGGUGGCUUUGGGGAAUGUGGCGCUAGAUGAACGGCAGCCCUCUCCUUUGCCACCGUCGGCUUCGACUUCAGCUCCUUCGACGGCAGCACCUGGAACGCCGGUCGGGAACUUACUUCAGAGGCCCUUGGUGCAGCAUGCGUUGCAGCGGGCUCAAGGUCAGCCCCUGGCGGUUCAGCUCGGAGCCCGUGCUCUUAGUCGUGGCCAGCCUGGAGAUUUUCAAGCUGAACUUCGAGAUGCGAUGCAACGAGGCAUGCGCCGUCGUACCAGCUCGGAGGCAGGUUUGGAGGAUCGCUCUGAUGCCUCGAGGCGGGGAAGCCAUCCCAUGUCUGAUGUGGCUUCCGGGCAAGGUGCCGGCGCCGCACCGCUGAAACAGCAGUACCACAGCGACCUUCUAACGAAUCUCCUGGGCUUCCUUCUGGUUUUUCUGAAGCAGCAGUACCACGACCUUCUAGCGUACGUCAUCUACUACAACCCGUGGGGCGUACACCCCUUGCUUCGAGUGCAGGCGCAAGUGGAGCAGGACAGAUUGACAUCGCGGGUGAACCUGGAGGAGGAGCGUGACCAUGGCACUUGGGAUGGACGCUGGUCGCUACCCUCUCGGUCUCAGCUUGAGACGGUGCAGUCUCUUGGGGUUCCUUUGCCGAGCGGCCUCCCUGAGGACCACGAAGUUUCGGCAGCAACGGCGCGAAAGGAGCACCAAUGGAGCCACAUGACCGAGGAGGAGCGCAAGCUUUGGCACAAGGCGGCUGAGAAGGGCUGGCAGGCCUACGUGGACAAUGAGGCAGUGCAAGUCCUCAGUGUCAAAGAGUCGGCUGCGAUUCGCAAGCAGCUGGCCGGGCGCGGGGAGUUGGACCGAAUUCUAGUGCCGAGGUUCGUGCUGACGGACAAGGCGGAUGGACUUCGCUCUGAGUCCAACCCCAUGCCGAUUGAUGCGUCUGCGCGCUUAGUUGUGCCAGGGUUUAAAGACCGAGCAAACCUCAAUGGAGAAGUUCGUCGUGACGCACCGACUGGGGCGCGCUUAGCACGCUUGACUCAGCACUUGCUCCUCUGCAUCAUCGCCAGCAAAGGCAAGGCUUGGAAGAUGCUGUCGGCUGACGUGAAGUCCGCUUUCUUAAAGGGAGAUCCUUAUGUGUCCCGGGAGCUUUACAUCACGAAGACCAACACCUGUAUCGGGCCAGGCAUUCCUAUCCCCGAGGGCUGUUUGGCACGAGUCUGCAAAGGCAUUUUCGGCCUAGCAGCUUCUUGGUUUCUUUGGGACGGCGCUGACCGCAAGGAGCUGCGUGGGAUGAUUGUCAGCCACGUUGACGACUUGUUGUUCGGUGGCGACCACGUGCAGGUGGACGACUUCACCUGGUGUGGCAAGCGGUUUCAGAGGCGAGCGGAUGGAUCGGUGACCCUGUCCAUGGAAAGUUACCACCGCAACUUGAAGGAGAUCCCUCUCCCUCGCAGCCGUAAGUCUUCUUUGACGGCACCGCUUCUGCCCGACGAGCGACGACGCCUACGAGCCUUGCUGGGCAGUCUUCAGUGGCUGGUUGCUCAGCUCAGGUUUCACCUUCAGUUCCCGGUUUCAGCCUUGCAGGGAGAGCAACCAACGAUCGGCACGAUCCUCCGGGCGAACGCUCUCCUGGCGGAGUUCCUGCAGGAGCCCACGUACCAGAUGGUUUUCCAGCCCAUCGACCUGAACUCGGGCGGCCUCGUGGUGGUGACUGACAGCUCCCUCGGCAACGUGACCCAGGCAGGCGCCGGCGAGGCAGCACCUCUUGACAAGGUGUACUCUACUGUGGUUGUGGACGCGAAAGACGUGCACGACAAAGGCAACAGCGACACUUCAAGCUUCGGCUCUCAGAAAUCGCUAGCCUUUACGGUGUUGCCAGGUGAUCCAGUGGACGGCAACGACCCCCUCAUGGGCUUUCUGCUUAAGUUCGCCGAGGUGCGUGGCUGGCACAGCCACGGAGCUACAGGAGUGAAUGUGGCACACAACGCUCGCAGUUACCGGACUCCUGAGCCUCGCUUCAGCAGUGCUCUUCUACCUGUGCGCACAACUUUUGCUCGUUACCAGCGCGCGUCAGGAGAGUUAGUUUGGCGAGCCUUGGAGCGAAAGACUCGCUACCUCGAAGAGGCGAACCAGCACGGUCUCCUCAAGCUAGCUGCUCCUGUUUUGGUGACCUUUUUCACCCGUGACUGA